AUGCAUUUUCUUCAAAAUUUUUACUCUAAAAAAUACAACUUUCAAAUACUUUAUUCUUUUCAUUAUUUUCCAGGACCAAAAUUCAACAAAUGGAAACAAAAUGCCAUUACUGUGGCUGGUGGAAAUGGAGAAGGACAAGAUCUAAAUCAACUCGAUAGCCCUUAUGGGAUCUUUAUUGAUGAAAAGACAACUAUUUUCAUUGCUGAUAAUCAUAAUGAUCGUAUUGCUGAAUGGAACUGUGAUGCAAAAGAAGGACAAAUCGCUGCAGGUGGAAAUGAGCAAGGAAGUCGGAUAGAUCAAUUAAAUGGUCCAACAGGUGUAAUUAUUAAUCAACAAAAUCAUUCCAUCAUCAUUGCUGAUUCGGGCAACAGACGAGUGAUUCAAUGGUUGAAUCAAACUCAACAAAUUCUCAUUCAGAAUAUUGAUUGUUAUGGCUUGGCAAUGGAUAAACAAGGAUUUCUUUAUAUUUCUGAUUCGGAGAAGAAUGAAGUGAGACGAUGGCAAAUAGGAGAAUAUAACAAUGAAGGAAUUGUAGUAGCAGGUGGAAAUGGACAAGGAAAUCUACUUAAUCAACUUAAUUCUUCUAGUUUUAUCUUUGUUGAUGAAGAUCAAUCGAUUUAUGUAUCAGAUGAGAACAAUAAUCGUGUGAUGAAAUGGAUAAAAGAUGCAAAAGAAGGAAUAGUGGUGGCUGGAGGAAAUGGUGAAGGAAGAAAUCUCAGUCAGGUGUCUUCACCACAAGGAUUGAUUGCUGAUGGUUUGGGUCAAAUCUAUGUGGCAGAUUGCAAUAAUCAUCGAGUAAUGCGUUGGCAUGAUAGAGAAGAAGAAGGUGAAAUUGUUGUUGGUGGAAAUAGUGGAGGAAAUCAAUCAAAUCAAUUACAUUGUCCCAUGGGUUUAUCUUUUGAUGAUGAAGGAAAUCUUUAUGUUGCUGAUUUUUUAAAUAGUCGAAUUCAAAAAUUCGAACUAAUUUUGUGA